AUGUUGAAGAGAGAAAAUGAAAAAAACAGAAACAAGGCCAAUGAAGAGUGUGCAACGAAGCGAGAGGAGAACGGAGAAGGUAGAAUGCUGGUUGGAGAUUGGCGGACGGUGAGUGGAGGGGGUGGAAAGGAGGAGGAGGAGGAAGAGGAGGAGGAGGAGGGAAGAAUUGUAACCUCGAGUGUGAAAAGACAAUGGCAAAUGUAG